AUGGCUGAGGAAACUGCCAAUGAUGCUCAGGUGGCACAAGAUAACGAGAUUGCCCCCAGCAAUGAGGCAAUCCAAGGUGAUGAAUUGGUCCAAGGUGAAGAAUUGGCUCAAGGUGAAGAGUUGGUCCAAGGCGAAGAGUUGGCUCAUGGUGAAGAGCUGUCCCAAGGUGAUGAUUUGGUUCAAGGAAAUGAGUUGGUUGUUUCUGAGGUAACAACCCCUCCUACUACUGGAACCAGACGUAGGAGAAAGAAGUCCUUGGUAUGGGAGCACUUCACUAUUGAAGCCGUCGCAGGUGGGGCCACAAGGGCUUGCUGCAAGCUCUGCAAGCAAACCUUUGCUUACAGCUCUGGUUCAAAGAUUGCUGGGACUAGUCAUCUCAAGAGGCACAUCACCUUGGGCUCUUGUCCUAAGAUAAAGAAUCAAGAGCAGAGGCUGGCACUGCCUUCAACUGGAGGGACUGACAAUGAUGGUGAGGGAACUAUAGAGCGGCCAACCAAGAGACGCUACAGAUAUACUGGUUAUGCAAAUGCUGCUUUUGAUCAGGACCGCAGUUGCUCAUACUUGGCAAAGAUGAUCAUUCAGCAUGACUACCCACUUCACAUUGUCCAACAGCCGGCAUUUUCCAUCUUUAUUGAAAGUCUGCAGCCACGUUUCAAGAUUGUGGAUGUUGAUACGAUGGAAGGAGAGGUGUAUGCUGUUUAUCAGAAGGAAAAGGAGAACCUGCUUCAAUCAUUCAGCACUAUGCCUGGAAGGAUCAGUCUCACUAUAAGAUUGUGGACAACUAGUCAGACUCUUGGGUAUGUUUCACUUGCAGGGCAGUUUAUCGACUCCGAGUGGAAAAUGCACCGAAGAAUGCUUAACUUCAUGAUGGUGUCAUCUCCUCAUUCAGAGAAUGCACUUAGUGAGGCAAUUAGCUUGAGCCUCUCUGACUGGAAUAUGAAGGACAAGCUAUUCACCAUCACAUUGGAUAAUGAAUGCUCCUCACAUGAUAUCUACAGUGCAAAUUUGAGGGAUCAUCUCUCCAACAAGAACAAUCUCAUGCUUAAGGGACAGCUCUUUGUUGUGAGGUGCUAUGCCCAUAUCCUUAACGCUGUUGCACAAGAUGUCAUUGCUUCAAUUCAUGGUGUUGUAUACAGUAUCCGUGAAAGCAUAAAGUUCAUAAAAGCUUCUUCUGCCCGUGAAGAGAAGUUUGCCGAGAUUGCUCUGCAGCUGGAGAUUCCCAGUACCAAGACCCUUUGUCUGGAUGUUACAACCCAGUGGAACACCACUUAUCUGAUGUUGUUAGCUGCCUUGGAUUAUAAGCAGACUUUCACUACACUAGAAACAUGUGAUGAUAACUACAAUGAAGCUCCAUCAGCAGAGGAUUGGAAGAAAGUUGAGGCUGCCUGUAAUUACCUGAAACUGCUAUACGAUUCUGCACAUAGCAUCAUGGCAGCAGCAAACCCAACUGCAAACAUCUUUUUCCAUGAAGCUUGGAAACUUCAGCUAGAGCUAGCAAAUGGCACAGGACAUGAAGAUCCCACUUUCAGUAGCAUCGCCAAGGAUAUGCAUGAGAGGUUUGACAAGUACUGGAAAGAUUGCAGCCUCGUGUUAGCCAUUGCUGUUGUCAUGGAUCCACGUUUCAAGAUGAAGCUUGUUGAGUUCAGUUACUCAAAAAUCUAUGGAGCUGAGGCUGCAAAGUAUGUUAAGGUGGUCAAUGAUGCUGUACAUGAGCUGUAUAAGGAGUAUGUGGCUCAGCCACUCCCACUGACCCCAGCCUAUGUUGAGCAAGGUGAAGGGAAUAAUGGACCAGCAAAUGCGAAUAACAGUCAAGGGCCGCCUGCUUCCACUGGUGAUGGGCUUCUAGACUUUGAUAUGUACCUUUCUGAGAUCCAAAGUAGCCAGCCCUCUAAAUCUGAGCUGGAACAGUACCUGGAUGAAUCCCUCACUCCACGUAUCCAAGAGUUUGAUAUCCUGAACUGGUGGAAGCUAAACACAGUAAAGUUUCCAACCCUCUCUAAAAUGGCCCGUGAUAUCUUGGCCAUUCCAAUGUCCAUGGUAAGCAGUGGCAGCUCUAUAUUCUCUGCUGGAACAGGAAGUCACAUGCUCGAUGACUACAGAAGCUCUCUCCGACCUGAGAUUGUGGAAGCACUUGUCUGCGCAAAAGACUGGCUCCAGUAUUCACCACCUGCCACCGAGGCACCGAGUUCUACACUGGUGAAGACUGAAGGAUCGUAG